CACAGGCCUAUCUUCUGUUGCUCAAUCACUGCACUGCAUAUCAGCGAGUCGAUCUGUGUCGUUUUGGGGCAAUGACUGAUUUCUGGUUCGGUCACUUACUUGCUUGUCGAUCAGGGUUAUCCAUGUAUAACGGCGUAACUUAAGUUGUUGUACUUGCAUUUAUUCGAGGAGCAACAAGAGGUAACAUCUUCGCCAAGAAGUGAUUACAGCAUGGAUGCGCAAUUACAGAGUCGCAUUGCCGCGACCACUCCGACAAAGACCGGCCCGGCGACAAGUUCUGACUUCCAGAUUCAGCGGGCACUGGCUUUUUUGGCAAAUCAGAAGAACCAGGAACUACCGCAUCCGAAGCCGAAGGCCGAGCAGGAACAGAUAUUGGCGCGUCUACGUGAGAAUGCCCGCGCCGAACGCCUGCCGCCCGAGCGAUCGCGGGACGCAGAGUUUGAGGACAAGCUGCGGAGAAUGCAUGCCAAGGAAACGUCCGACCAGGAUUACGAGCAUGCAAAAAAGGAGGCGGACUCGUGGGUCUCAGCGUACUGCAAAAACUUGUUGCACCAGCAGAAACAUCACGCCGAACAACGAACGACAAACGAAGACACCGCGACCUCAGCUCCGACGACCGUGCAAGGCAUGAUGAGCAGUUUGCUGGAGCAGAAAAAAGCGAGUACGAAGACGCUGCCGGAACUGCGGAAAGACACGGCGAAGACGGCGAAGCUGUGCGAGGAACAGGUGACGGAGUACCACAAAUCGAC